ACUUUAGAGGGCGACAAUGCGUCUGAUUCGCAGAGAAAAAAAAAAUACCGGAAAAGGAGGGAGCGCAAAGGCAAGCUUUCGCGGUAAAAUGAAAGUCUCCUUCGAAUGUUGACCGAAAACGAAUAGCGUCUGGGCCCAGAACACAAUUGAAGGAUUUAUUCAUAAGCAUAUUUCUUAAGGUCGGACCCCUGGUAUGACGUCCGAGUCUGGAACUGCUAACCGCUAAAGUAUUACCACAAAGAAUUGCGUUCGGUGCUGUUUGAACUAACAAUGUCUCCGACGGUAACCACAGAAAACUUGAAGUCUGAACUUGAAAUGUUCUGCAUAUCUUGUGAAGAUGACUCUGCAUUAGAAAAAAUGGUGGAACAAUGUCUUUGUAACGCAAUCAAUGCAGACAAAUGGGUUUUAGAAUGGGUUGCAUAUAGUACCACAAAAAAUGGACUGGCAAUCUCUGUGGACACUCUGGAACAAUUUGAACACGAGGUGUUAAAUAAGAGGCAUAAAUCAAAGCAUAGCUCCAAAACAGAAGAGCGACACAGACCCAGGGACAUUCACACAAUACAGGAAAUCUUCAGAAUAAAAGCAGAAGAAGAGGAAGAUAAUCUACUGGACUGCUAUACUACUCCUUCAAAAGGCUCCCAGAAACGAGUGCUGACCACACCAGAAAACCCUUACUCAAAGAGGAGCUCAGCCUUGUUGGCCAGUCCUGGCGUCCUGUUGUCUCCUGCCUGCUUUUCUCCCUGUCCAACUUCUUCACAGAAGUAUAGUCAACGUGGCGGGAAAGGAGAGGUGGUGGUUUCGUUUGGGGCAGUGCAGGGUACACGUUGGGCUGGGAGGAAAGCUCCCAGUGCGGAGUUACAAUUGGAGCUACUGGAAGGGCCUGAGGAUUCCCUCCGCAGCAGUUACAAGUACAUGUUCCAGAGACUGCGAGACAUUCGCAAUGUGUUGACAGACAAGAUUGAGAUGCUCGGAGAAGACCUUAGGUCUCACUACAACAUUGAGGAGUUUUCCCCUGCUUCACUGCCAGCACAGGACAGUGUGUCAGUUUUGGGCCAGGUGUGUUGUGACAGUAAUGGCAAAUUGAACGCGCAGUCUGUUUUGUUGGAAGCGGGACAAGAGCAAGGUGGUCAGCAAGUACGUGUGGACCUGUCAGAGCUCCAGCAGUACUCACUGUUUCCUGGCCAGGUGGUGGCAAUGGAAGGGAUGAACACAACCGGAGGGAAAUUGAUGGUUUCUAAACUCUACGAGGGUAUCCCACUUCCCUUCUAUUCAUCAGAAGCUAAAAUGGACUCAGAUGAAGAGCCGGUCAACGUGCUAGUGGCUUGUGGGCCUUAUACUCCAUCUGACAGCCUGAACUUUGAACCUCUCCUGGACUUGAUUCAUGUCAUUGGAAGGGAUCGUCCUGAUGUGUGCAUACUGCUUGGUCCUUUUGUCGAUUCUAAACAUGAAGAAAUUGCGAAAUCCCAGGUGACUGAGCCGUUUGAAGCUAUUUUUGCUAGAUGCAUUGAAAGCAUCUUGGAAGGCACAAAAUCCGUAGGCUGUCGCCUAGUGUUUGUUCCGUCCCAGAGAGACAUCCACCAUCAUUACAUAUAUCCACAGCCACCUUUCACACUGCCAAGCCUCUGCAAGAACCCACGAGUGACUUUGGUUCCUGACCCCUGCACUGUGCUGAUUAACGGUGUGACGUUUGGCAUAACCUCCACUGAUAUCCUUCUACACUUGGGGGCGGAGGAGAUCAGCAGUGGCACUGGCUCAGACAGAUUUUCUCGCCUUCUGAAGCACAUACUGACACAGAGAAGCUACUAUCCACUGUACCCACCCGUUGAGGAUGUGAACAUGGACUAUGAGAAGUUCCAGAGCUUUGGUCAGAUGCCACUCACACCAGACAUUCUCAUCAUUCCAUCUGAGCUACGCUACUUAGUCAAGGAUAUAAUUGGCUGUGUAUGUGUUAAUCCCGGACGCCUGACCAAAGGCCAGGUGGGUGGCACUUACGGACGGCUACUCAUUCAGCGUGCCGCCUCAGUAGACGAAGACGAGAAAAGCAUCCACCAUUGUUUGGCAGCUCAGGUGGUAAAGAUUUAACCAAAAGAAGGACUAAUACAAAUGUACUUAAUGGAGACCAAUUUUGAACCAACCGGCUCUUGAUAUCGCAGUCUUGUGGCCCACUAAGUAUAUUGCAUCAACUAGUUCAUUUUUUUAAAUAAUUGCGUUCGAAUUGUUAUAUUUACAAAUCAUUUGGUUACAUCCACAAAAUCUAUGAUGACUCUACCCAGAAAUCAGUAAUAAAUACACAGGCCUGAGAAGGGGAGGCAAGGUGCUUAGAACUUGUAUACUGUAAUUGUCAUAGAAUAGCUUGACAAGAAUCAAACUAUGACACAUAUUUCAAAACGGGGUGUUAGUUGGCAUCCACGUUUUUUAAUGGUACUUAUUUGAUUUAUUACAUAAGUACUAACACCCCCUCCCCAUGAGAAACCCAUUGUCCAAUCAGCAUGUUCAUUAGGUGAAAGAAGUUCACCUAUCCACUUUAAGUUCCAAAUGCAACAUGGUUCCCAAUGAACAUAAGAAUUCCAGAUCUCUGACAAAAAAAAUAACAAUUCUGUGUAAAUAUAAACAUAUCCUAUAGCAACAACAAAAUAUAAUAGCACAUACAUAGUAUGUGUGCUCCCUGUAGUAUGAGAUGGGUGGAAUACAAAAACAUAUAUGUAAUCGUAUCUAAUGGUAAUUAAUCAUAAAAAUGGUCAUCAGAGUCACUUUGCUGAUCCAGUUGUGGUCCCGCUUGGAAUAUUGCCAUGUUGCUUAUAACUGGAAAAUAAACAAAACCUGAAUAAACAUCCACAAAGUCCCAUAAGUUUGAAUUUUU